AUGCAAGGAAUUGAAAAAAAAAAGAGGAAAGCCGUGGACAAAGAAGUUGUUAGUAAGAUGCAGGUCCAGUUAGACGAAGCUGUGACCCAAUUGGCAGAGUUAAGAACAUUGUUUGCGAUGCAAGGGUCUAGGAACCAAGUCCCGAAUAAUGUGUGCUUCGGUGUUCAAAACAAUAGUUCUGGCUCGACGUCGACAUCUGAUGCUUUAGAUACGAUAAAGACUAUUACUCAUUGUGAUUUAGUGUUACCUUAUGGUGAUAUGAACCAAAAAUGUGCCAGAGGGAUGAUCUUUCCUUAUAAUGAUGGGUUAAUUCACUCACUUCCUCUACGCGAAAAUCACUUGAAGGUUAUGAUAGACAACAUUGAUGAAAGAUAUAAAGGUGUUCCUGUUCCUGUGAUGACAAAUGAAGUUGGUAUCCUAGAAGAUGCAGUUGGCACUGAACAACAAAGCAAGGCGCCAUCACAACAACAAAUUCAUACCAUAAGUGCGCGACCAUCAACCACAAAGGCUGUUAUGGAAAAAAACAUGCCUAACCAAAAGAUCAACAAACCAAGGCCCAUAGAAUCACUUCGUGACCUUUUGAAGACCAACCUAGUGGUUCAUGUAGUAGCCGAUGCUGGACAUCUCGAAGCUGGGGCGUUUGAUUUUUCAGUUACAUACGAAGAAUAUUAUCGUUUGUUGAAAAAACAAACAACUGAUUUGUCCAUCAUAACAACUUGGCAGAUCCUUCUACACUUAAUGCUUCGGAAACGUAUGGGAAAAUGUGCUUUCCUAAACCCAUAUAAGAUUCUUGGGAAAGCAUGUCAGGAAACUUCGAUUGAUGCCGUCAAUUAUCUCGUUGAUGCGAUGCAACUUCAUCAUGGAAAAUCGUUUCUUAUCGCACCAUACCUGCAAAAUAUGCAUUGGGUCCUCUUGGUGAUUUGCCCUUCAAAUCAUAUUGUAUACAUUUUGGAUUCUCUGAUGAAGCCUAUGAAAAAUCUUGUUGACAACUACUAUCUGCUCAAACAUUUGGAAAAGGCUUUUGAGAGGUAUGAAAAGAACACAUCAAUUCCAAUUGUAUGGAAGCUCACUGAGUGCAACCAAGCCGGUGGAUUGGAACGUGAGCUGAGUGGGCAUUAUAUAAUGAAUUGGAUCUUUGAUUUUGUGUUGAACAGACAACAUGGAUUUCCGAGUAGAUUUGGUACCCUUUGGAAUGACAAAACUGCAUUUGAGGAAAAGGCGUUGGUCACAACUGUUGCUACGUGGGCCAGAGAAUUUCUGAAAAAUUUUAUGAAUGAUGUUGUCUAA